UGAUACAUUCUUUUUUAGGUCAUUUCGCGAAACCACAAGGAAUUAUCAACAUCCUUUAAUUUGGCUCAAGUUUUGUUAUACAGCUUAAUUAUCUUGACUAUCUCAACAUGCAUUACUAGAUUAAAUUAAAUGAAAUUUAUACAACCACUGACACCGACUAAAAAAGCGUUAAUUGAUAAAAAUUGUUUGACAUUUGGCGGGAUGACACGUCAGGGAAAAAUAUAAACAAAAAGUGAAGUUCAAUUAUACAAAUAUGGCAGUGUGGUUAAAGGUAACACUGCUGUUGAUUUACUUGGCUGUCCUGUUUACUCUUGCACGAAUUCUGGAGGCUGUGGCAUGUUAUGAGCAAGGGCAAAUUUCUCGUAGACUUCUUGACCCUAUGACUUUAUCAGUGCUGAAAUUGAAGGCUCUUCUGGAACAGAGAGGAGUGAGUUAUGAUAAUAUGGUAGAGAAAACAGAAUUGACAGAGCUAGUGGAUGCAACAGGGGCAGUAACUGAUGAAGAACUUGAGUCCACCACUGUUAAUGUUGAUGACGACAUGCAGAUUACAAACUAUACCAGCGAUAUUGACUUCUAUGAACAGGUUGAAGAUGCCAAGGACAGUAUGUGGCUUGUAGAAAUAAUAACUGACAACGGUCCUAUCUUGUCAGACACAAGCUGGCACCUGAUUCGUAAUAAAAUUGGAAAGUUUGGGGUUCGACUCGGAAGAUUUGACUGUCAAAGACAUACAAGGCUGUGUACCAGGAAAGGUUGGUUUACGUCCAGACUUGUCCUUGCCCUUCCAGAAAACUACAGAAGUAAAGCUAAUGUAGCUCUGUACACCUACCCAGGACCUGUCAGAACUAAUUCACUGUUUGAUUGGAUCAAGACUAAAGUUAAUGAACAGACUUCUGUCAUCGAGGAUCCUCAGAAACUUCACGAUGAAUGGCUUACUUUCGAAUCCUCACUAAAUCCAGACGUCCGGGUAGUAUUUGUUUCGACUUUAUCGAGCGUCCCAUUAUUUCUUUCGGCACUAAGUGUAAAAUUUCCAGGUCGUGUUAAAAUAGGUAGUGUCAAAAUGAACUCUGCAAAAGGGAAAGUAUUGGCUUCCAAGCUUGAUGUUAAGAACUCGCCAUCGUAUGUUGUGUUAACUCAGGACAGGAAAUACAUUUAUGGUCAAAAAAGGGCAGAGGUUAUGACCUUUCGAGCAAUGGAGAUGUUUUUAAAAUCUGUAUAUCCUAGUAUCAAUGAUAUCUUUAUAAUAAGUUUUAUUUGCACAAAUAUUGCCAGCUUCUUUGAAUUAACUUUAGCUAGUGGUGGAUGGGUCAGAAGAUUUAUAAAAUUAAUCAUAUGUGUAUUCAAGUACAAUCUAAUCUUGUUUUUGGUUUGGAUAUGUGUUUUGGCACUUCUACAAAUACCUUUCUGUUCAAGAUUAUCUCUCUUUGCUUUAAAGCUUUUGAGAUAUUGUACUUUAACAUCAUUCUUUUCCGAUGUACGCAAGGAUAUUCUAUAUUAUUCUACUCAUAAGAUUAGUCCUUUUAUGGUCCUUAUGACUAUGAGUUUAAGCGUUUUGUUUGUUAAAUUGAGAUAUUUCACUAGCGCGGAUGAUGAUGACGAAGAUGAAGGCGACUGGUGGAAUUUCUCAAACUUGCGUACUUUAAACUAUCAUAACGGCUGGGAAAUGAUGCGGUUAAGACCUUUUGAUCAGAUCUUUAACCCUUCUUUUGGUGGGCCAAGUAUAACGGAUGAUUUUGAGGCUUGUCAGACAGUUAAUUCUAACGAGUAUAUAAAAUUACUACCAGUAUGGGUGUAUCGGGACUUUGAUAGUAGGUGUGAGUGUAUGGCCAGUAAAGAUGGAUAUAUCACGCAUGAUAGUGAGCAUGUAGAUAACUUUGAUGACGACAAAGAAGAACCCUUCUUACAAGAUGCUCAGUUUCUUGAAUCUGAUAAAUAUUAUGGAUGCCAGUGUGGAAGAUCGCAGAGAAAUCCAAUAAGAAAUGAUAAUCAAAGUUAUGUCCCUUCACAAACAUCAAGUGCCAAUCUUGAAGCUCCCAGUUUAGGCGGUACAUUUGAUUUGCCGUGGGAUGGUUCUCCGAAAAUAAAGUCAAAAAUCAAGAAAAUUGAAAAUUUGAACAGAUGCCAGUUUAAACCUCCUGGUUAUCUAGAAGGAACGCAAUGUGUGAUUUGUCUCGAUCACUUUUCAAGUCAUACACUUUUACGAGGUUUGCCAUGUCGCCAUGUAUUUCACGAUAAAUGUAUCUUAACUUGGUUACUAAGAGAGAAUCACUUUUGUCCUGUAUGUAGAUGGCCCUCCUUCCAAUCAAAAGAUCAGGACUUUGUUAAUGAUCUACACAGUGAAUAAUAUUCCAAAAUAAUACCUCCUGAAUAACAUAAAAAUUCACAUCUUCAUUUCUUGCACAUAGAGCUGCAUAGAGAAUAGCAUCUAUUAAAUUUUAAUUCAUGGGUGUUUUCCUUGACUUUUUUAAUGUCAAUAUUUUUUGACAUGUUUAUAUAAACAACAGCCUAACAUACUUCAUAUAUGUCUAUCUAUGACUUUGGUAAAAUGUUAGUAAUUACUAGAUAGAACAUAAUAUUAAAAUAUUAUUUGAAAAGACCUCUGUUGCCAAGUGUUUAAGGUCUUGAACUAGGAAACUUAACACGCCUUACUGUUGACUUUAAUCAAUUAAGACUUGAUUACUUUGAAACAUAUUAGGCAAAAAAGGACACUGUGAAACUAGAUUUUAGUUGUUUCUAGCCUGAUGCCUGUUUGUUGAUUUGUGAAGAGACACUUUACUGAUGCUAUCUUAGGAUAUUUUUCUACUUCCAAAGGAAAAUUGGCAUAUUAUUUAACAGUGUGCCCAAAGAAAAAGAUGUUGAUGUUGUAUCAGAUACUUAAUAUUGUAAUGAAUUCAUUUCAUUUAGAUGUUAAGGGAAGGAAUUUUUGUUGGUUUAAACAAUAUUUAUUUCUUCUUUAAUAUUUACAGACUAAAUUACAAUAUAUAAAUUGCAUUCAUUGCAACAGUAUCACCGUAUUAAAGCGCUAAUUUAUCUCUCUCUUGGCAAAAAAAAAUCUUUAUGGUGAUACAUCAGUUUUGAAUUGUAAUCUGAAAAACUGUUGUUGAAAGAUUCAAGAUUAAGCUUUACUAAUCUGGUAAAAUUAUUGUUUGCAUAAUAUAAUGUGUAUCUGAUCAAACAUAAAGUUGAUCUAAAUAAGUUUUAAAACCAAAAUAUCACUGAUUUUUGACAAGUGCUUUGAAGAAUUUAAUAAUGUUUGACAAUUUUUAUGUUUAAAGCUAAACACUUGAUGUUUUAAAUUAAAGGUGUAGAUUUUAUAUGCAGAACGUUGUCAUGCUGUAUUUGUUGCUAAGCAAGCUUUCUGUAUAUACAUGUACAUGUAAAUGUUCAGUAUAUAGUCUGUUGUGCCUGAAAUAAUGCACGGAAGGGCACUUGAGGUCUUCCUCCACCAGUAAAGCUGGAACGUCGCGAUAUGACCUAUAUUGUGUCAAUGAGAUGUAAAACCCCCCCAAAAAAAGAUAUAUAUAGUCUGUUCUUUUUAGACCAGUUAUCCUAAUAUACAAGGAUACAGUAUAUCAAAUCUUCCAAGAAAAAUCAAAAGCAUAAAUACUUAAAGAAUAUUUUUACAGAUACAUUUGCUACUAGUAUUGUUUACCAUAAUAUUUGUUUUCACUAAGACAAACUUACCUGAGCAAAGAGAAAACCAAUAAAAAUCAAACAUUUUUAAAGAUGAAGAUGUUUACAAUUCCCAAGUAUAUAUAUAAAUGAGUGCUAUUUUUAACAUAAUAACAUGCGCAACAAUGUAGAUUUCAUUUUAAAGUCUUAUUAACUUUGGGUAUAAUUUCAAGGACUUGACAUGAAUAUUGAAAAUAUUAAUAAAAAACAACAAAAUAUGUUAUUGGUAAUUAUUAUGUAAAAAUGUAUGCUGAUAAUAAAUAGCUUAGAUUGUACUUGAAUUAUAUUUUAAGGUGUAAAAGAAAAUGAUGUGAAAAUUUUGCUUGAAACUAUUGAAUUGAUUUAAUUAUCUAAUAAGCAUAUAAACGAUUAUAUAACCCCCAUUCUCCACAUUUUUCUUUCUUUAUAUAAUAGUGGGUUCUGUAAACAAAUAUGUGUUACCCAAUAGACAAGUAAAAAAAGAAGGGAAUUCUAACUGUUUGUUAAACUACUCACAAAGUAGUAUGAGCUACAUGGAGUUACAUGUCUUUAAAACAGUAAAAAAAUUGCCAUGGGAACAUUACAGACUCGCUUUAAUUAUAUUUUUAUUUUGUUUUGAUGUACGAGUAUUAAUAGAUUGUUUUUUUAAUUAUUGAGCAAUCUGCAGUGUUUUGUGUGUACACAGAGUAUACUGGUUCUGUUGUUUUUUUGUUUUCUUUUAAGUGUACAUAUAUUGUAUAUUUCUUAAACUUGUUAUUAAAUAAUUCUGUUUUUUUCAGUAUAGUAAAUUCAGAAUAUUUCUUUUUUUCUAUACAGUAUUCUCAUAUUUGUUUUCUACACAAGAUACUUAUUGUGUACUUUUUUAACUACAAAGUACACCAGUUUUUAUAGGCAUUUAGUUAAUAUAUUUCUGGAAAAGAAAUGUAGUCUCUAAUGAUUUUAGGUGAUCAUAAAUUGUUGUAAAUAAAUUGUUAUUGUUUGUUCAUUUUGUUAAAGUGACAUUAGAUCUGAUCUUACAUGUUUUUGUAUAAGUUUUAAAGCCUCUAUCUAUUUCAACUUUAAAACAUGUUGUUAGUACUAGUUAAUAAAAUAUAUAAAAUAUUAUAAGAUAUAGUAUACACAAUGCUUUCUCGUAACAUUGUUUUAUUAAUAUUUACUCCUAAAGUGCUGACAUUUUAGAUGUAAUAUAAGUCAAAUUUUGAUUGAGAUUUUAUGUGAGCAUAUUAUGGAGAUCUUUAAAGCCAAAUGAUUGAGGUCACUGACUUCAUGUUAUAUAAAUGUGCUCUCUUGUGGGUUUAAAUCCCACUUUGCCAUGAUUUAUGUUGAGGUUUUAGACUCUAAGAAUGCUAUCCAGCAAGUUUUCAAAAGUCAGAUGGUCAUAAGGGACUCUUUUGUCUGUAUCAUAUAUGAUGAAAAGAAUGAAAAUAAUUAUAAUACUAAUAUGUUACUGUUUUUUUUUUAAAUUAGCUGUUGAUUAGAGGUUUAAUAACAGUUUUACUAUUCAUUUGUUUUUGUUAGAAUUAUACAUGUACUAUUUAGAAUAUGGCAAGGGAAAAGAAAGUUGUUGCCCUUUGUGUAAUUAUUUCUUUUACAUGUGCUUUAUGUCCUGAACAUUGUUAAUUAUUCUGUUUACAUGAAAUACAUGCAUGGUAUGCGUCAUAUACAUGCAACAAUAAAAGAUAAAAAACUUUGUGAAAAUGUCAAA